CGGCAUUAUAGCAACCCACUCGUCUGUUUUGAUACACUCCCAAUUCUUUGGCUUCUACCUAAACUCAAAAUUCUACCGACGCUUAAUUUUCUUUAUUUAAUAUUGCUGCUCUGUUUUAUAAAUCGAAUGGCUUCGAUUUAUUCAAUGUCGAAGGAACGUAUAUGAAGGUCGACUCGGUUGCCUAUGGUUGGAUAUCGAAACAUGCUUCAAUAUUGAUCGGCUUGUGACGUAACAACAUUUUGCUUUUGGCUCGUCUUCACCAGCUUCGCCGCCCAAUAUCUGCCUGUGUUCUUGAAGUUCUAUUUUUAGUGGAGCGAUUCAUAGCACAGGUCUUAUAUCUUUUAAUUUCGGUUAUUAUAAACCACUUUUAAUUCUUCUACUUUUGAUUCUUUGGCUGAACAAAUUCGUUUACCUAUAUGUGCGUGCUCUCUCUUCUCAGUGUAUGAUUGGUCGAUACCAGUUAUCUUCUACCCAUGUUUUGCUGUGUCAAAGUUUGCCUAGCAGACCUACAUCUUUUUUAAAGUGCAACAUAAACUAUGGCAGCCACUAGGCGUCUGCAAAAAGAACUGCAGGAUAUCCGCAAGGCCAAUAUGAAAUGCUUUCGUGAUAUCCGUGUUGACGAUUCCAACAUCUUGAGCUGGCAGGGUUUAAUUGUGCCUGACAGUGCUCCGUACAACAAGGGUGCCUUUAGAAUAGAGAUAAACUUCCCUGCUGAAUAUCCUUUCAAGCCUCCUAAGAUUUUAUUCCGCACUAAAAUCUACCACCCCAAUAUUGAUGAAAAAGGCCAAGUUUGUUUGCCUAUCAUUAGUGUUGAGAACUGGAAGCCAGCAACUAAAACAGAUCAAGUUAUUCAGGCACUGGUAGCCCUGGUCAAUGAACCGGAACCAGAACAUCCCCUCAGAACCGAUUUGGCAGAAGAGUACAGCAGAGACCGGAAGAAAUUUUUCAAGAAUGCAGAGGAAUUCACCAAGAAGUUCUCUGAGAAGCGGCCGUCAGAUUAGGCUGGUGAAUGAAUUACUCUUUAGUUUGUGUUAGGUUCUUUUUUCUUGAAGAGAAAUGAGACUUUGAUGGACACAUAAUUCACUUAUAUUUAAUUUUUAUUACUGCUAAUGGUAUUUCUGUGUGGAAAUUGAAUGUGAUUUAGAUUUUCCCCUUCUAUAUUAUCAAUCUUUCAUAUUUAAUUUAUAAAAGGUUAAGACUUUUUUUCUUGUCUCAUUUAUUAAAUCUGCUCUGAUUUGUAUGCUUCUUAAAAAUUCAUUGGGCAUGAAAUUCUUAAUGAAAAAUGACCAGACUUAAUAAAGUAUUAUUUUCCAGGCAAUUAUGUGCAAUAUGCUAGUUUAACAUUCCUACUGUUAUUGAAGGAUAUAUGUUAACAUUUAUUAAUUUCUAAAAAAAAUUAAAUCAAUUUUCCUAUUAAUUAAACACUAUUUUGUAGAUGCCAGCAUCUCAUACCAUUGAAUUUUUUCCUUUGGAAGUGUGCAAACCAUGUAUUCUUAACUGAAAUAUUUCUGAUAAUUCCAUGCAUGUCACUACUAGGCCCCCUCAUCAGUUCCUGUAUACGCUAAACUUUAUAUUGCAUAUUCUGAAACAUUAUUUCGAAUUUUCUUUAUAAAGACAGCAGUGCUGCCUUUAUUUUUUUUUAGUAAUACUUGAAAGAAUGUGCAUCAUAUUUAUAAAGCAAAUAAAGUUGCGUAAUCAAUUUUCAUUUGUAGUCUUUGCUCAUGCUGAUGUAGUGACGUGUUUUAAUUUUUUUGUGUGUGCGUGCAUGCAAUUCAUAAAGUUUUUGUAUCAGCAUAGUUUUUAUAUUGCCAUCCCCCCCUUAUUUAAAUUAAUGCAAAAUUUGGUCAAAUGAAAGAUGCACAAGUCAUGAAAUAAGCAAGGGUGUUUAAUUUUUUAAAAGAAUUUUUCAUUUAUCUAAAUGAUUGGCAAAAUUUGGUGGCCUAGUCAAUCUGAAGCAGUGAAUGUAAAAGCUGAUUUUGAUAAUUUUUUAUACAACAAAACAAUUCAGUCUCUAAUAAUAAACUAUCCACCAACUGACUCAGUAUCCAAGUCUGUGAUUUAGAUAAGUUUUUCUGUAGUCAGCAACAAAAAAGGGUAUUUGUAUUUGCUUCUUAUACGAUUUAAUUUUCUUUAGAUUGCAGCUUAAAAUGAAAGUUUUCUCAAGUGUUUUGAGAAGUGUAAUAUAUUGAUACUAGUUACAUAUGCAAUUUUUCGUAAGUGUAAAUGGAACUUCUGUGUCUUUCCAUCCACCAGUUUUCAUGUAUUGAACUGUAAAGAAAGAAAUUUGUAUGGAGUGUAUCAUAAAAUCAAUAAAAUUGCUCUCAUUAGAA